AGGCCUGGAUGAUGGAUCAAGACGGUCUUGUUACCGGGCCUGGCAAGUCCAGGUCGGGAGGGAACGAGAAGACCUGGGAUCUGUAUGGACGACCAGCUGGUUCUUCUUCAUGGAAAAAUGACAAGAGCUCUCAAGAUUUGGCAGCCGGUUCUGAUUCUGGUGUCGAUAGAGGUGGCGUGUCUGGUGGAGAUGAAGAACAGGAGGAUUAUAUGGUUUCGGAUGGGAUGGAUGUUGGUAGCAAUGCUAACGAGGGGAAAGGGGGUGAGGUGGAUGAGUUCUUUGAGGAUGACGAGUAUGAGAUGGAUGGGAGUAGUGAGGGUGAUGAUGAAGAGGAUGAGGACGACUUUUUGCUGGGCUUGACUCCAGGAGCAACACCUCAGGAAGCAUAUAUCGAUAUCUGGAACGAGGGCAGUGACAACCUCUCGGAGGACGACUUUCUGGAACUGGAGGAAGACUACCAUUUGGUGGCAAAGACAGGACGAUCUCAACAGCAGUCACUUGGUCGCAGCCUGGACCCCAACACAAAAUACAUGACCUACCUCCCCUACGCCGGUCUGACCAACCAAUUCUAUGGCAUGCUCCGUGCUAUCAUGGUCGCCAAGUCCCUGGGCAGAACCUUGAUCCUGCCUCCGAUUACCGCCUCCAGCCACGACAAGUCCAAGCAGAACCAGCCUUGGUCCGACUACUUUGAUCUCGGCACCUUCAUGCAGCUCACGGGGGUGAAUGUUGUCGAACUCAAAGACUUGCGACAGGCCGACAGGUUUAGUUCGAUCGAGAGUCUGAACUGCCACAUCACCUGCGGAUUUGGAUCGUUGCGACCCCUGGAUUUCACGGCGAAGGAGUUCCUGAGGCAGUGGAAGUUUGAUCUGUCGAUGACCCAGCUCGAGAUCGAGACGACAGAGUUCAAUGAGCUCGUGCCGGCGCUCCGGAGUCAGGAGAACGAGCAGAUGUUGUGUAUCACCAAUGGGUACAAGAUUGCGGUCCCAACGAAGGAGGAGUGGGAUCUGUAUGGACGGUACUUUUAUUUUAACCCUGCGGUCGACCGAUUCUUUUCUGCGGCGCUGGAUAAGCUGAGUGCCAGGAACAGUUUGCAGCAACAGCAGCGUCUCUACGAGUCUGAGCAGGAAAGGAGCCAGCAGCAGGAGGAGGAGUCUUUGGGACUUGACGAGGAGAAGCAACAACAACACCAUAACGACUUUGACCAAAGUGUCGACACUAAUGACCAACUUUAUGAACACAUGAACAACGCCGUCACCACCAACACUCGCCACUACUAUAACAACAAUAAUAUCAACAACGCGGCCCCACCCGGCUCUUACAUCUCUAUCCACGCCCGGCGCGGGGACUUUAUCGAUUACUGUCAGCAACAGUUCCCACAUGCACUCUCAUCGUGCCUCCCAACAACCCAAGAGCUGGCCUCGAAGCUGAACGAUCUGUUGGUGUCCGACCCUAGUCUUCGUGGUCUGCCCGUGUAUGUCUCUACAAACGAGGACCGGUCUGAGGAACUGGCCGAGUUCCGGUCGAUGGGUUGGCAAGUCUUGGAGGAUUCGUUCCUGGAAGCGAGUGAGAGGCUUGGAGUGUUUGGCCCGAUGAUGAUGGAUCAGGUGUUUAUGGCGCAGGCGCAGACACUGAUCGGUGUCCGGACGAGUACCUUUUCAAGGGUGGGUGUUUACCGUCAGGAGGACUGGUACGGACGUCGUGCUUUCCUGAUGUGA